AUGAAGAGAUACCUCCUAGAGCGAGGACUCCUCCCCGGAAGCGACUUCAAGAAGGCUAUAAAAAUCGAGAAGGUGUACACCAUGAACGCCCUCCUCCACAAGGCCCAAGCCUUCAUCGCUUUCGAAGAAGGCGAAGCGGCUGCGAUAAAAGCUUCAAGGGGCAAUGAUGCUGCCCGCAGCUCGAACCAUGAUAACUCGGGCUCGCGCCGGGGACAUGAGAAAAGGAAAGAUGACAGAUCCCAUGAUGCAAAAGAACGCCGAGGACCAACCGGUCGAUUCAACGACUAUACUCCCCUGAACGCUUCGCGCGAGAAAAUCCUGGCCGAGUGCAAAAGCACCGAUUUCAAGAACUCCAACGUCAGGCCCCUGAAGUCCAAUCCCACCAGACCAGGUACCGACAAGUUUAAGUACUGCAAGUAUCACAAGAGCCAUGGGCAUCUGACUAACGAAUGCAUACAUCUCAAAGACGCCAUCGAGACUCUGAUUAAGGAAGGUCGCCUUUCGAAAUACACGAAGAAGAGAGAACCUUCCCGAAGAGAAGACCCGCGGAGCUCCGACGAAGGUAACUCACCAGAUAGUAGACCAUUACAAGUAGCUCUGUCCAUCACCCGACCAGAAGACUUCGUUCCCUCGAUCAGAGUAACAACCGCCUUCAGCACAUGGGAAGGGUUUCCGACCGCGAUGGUCAUAUCUAAUGGCGGGGACCCCGGUUCUCUCACUAUUAGCUCGGUGAAAAGAAAUUUUGAUGAGUUGAUCAGCGUCAACUCGGACCUCGGCCCUACCCUACAGAAGUUCAAAGGGAAAUCGGACCCGAUCACCUUCUAUUUGGAAGAACUGCCCGGCGGAGCUCCGAACGCCACAAUUCCCCUGCUCGUCCGAGCAAGGAUGGCAAAUUUUGACGUCCGACGGAUCCUAGUCGACGAGGGGAGCUCGGUCGACAUCAUGUAUUCCCACCUUUUCCGGACCCUCCAGCUGGACGACUCGCACCUCACUCCAUAUGUGGGCUCCGACCUCCAGGGUUUCAACGGGGUCACCACCAAACCUUGGGGUUACGUCGAACUGAUCGUCACCUUUGGGGAAGGGGAAGCUUCCAGACAGAUGAAGUUCUACACGAAAAGGGGACGAGUAGCCACCAUCAACACCGACAUUGAAGCCGCAAGGAGGAUAUUCGACGCCUCGGUGAAAGGGUUGCAACUAAUCGCCCCUCCCUCCAGCACCAAUAAGAAGCCAAGAGCCGAAGACAAGCCUCCUCGAGAAGAUCAUCAGCAAUCGACCAACGUCAGCUCAGUCGAUCUCGACGCUCGCUUCACGAAAGAAGAUCUGAAGAAAGGCGAGGAACCAUAA